GCACGUGAGUCCAGGUUUCUCUUCGCCGAGGUUCUUCCGAUCGAGCAUCGAAAAAAUUCAAGAAAGUGGGACCCACUCGCUUCCUGAAUGGGCUUGCCCUAAGGACCACAAGUUUUCCUCUGCAACAUUCAGUAUCAGCCUCCAACAGUCGAGCAACAUUCACCUCCGCCGUCUUUAUUACUUCCAAGACGUCCGACACAUAUCCUUCAAGAUGACCAAGCGAACAAAGAAGGUCGGUGUUACCGGUAAAUACGGUACCCGUUACGGUGCUUCCCUGCGAAAGCAGGUCAAGAAGAUGGAAGUUACCCAGCACGCCAAGUACACCUGCACUUUCUGCGGAAAGGUCACCGUCAAGCGACAGGCUACCGGCAUCUGGGAUUGCAAGUCUUGCAAGCGCACCGUUGCUGGUGGUGCUUACACCGUUGCCACACCUGCUGCCGCCGCCAUGCGAUCGACUCUGCGACGUCUCCGAGAGAUUGCUGAGGUUUAAGGAUGGACUCUAGCGGAAGAAGAAAACGGCUUUGCUUUUCGGUAUGGUGUACGGGGGAUAUGGAUUUCGUGCCUACACUACGAGUUGACGAUCUGGACGUCAACACCCGAUAUUCGAUCACAUAGAAGCCGAUCGAUUAGCAAUGAACAAAAAAGAAUUGCAGGCUUCAGACCCAUUCAACAACUCUCCCGCCCCGUGCAAUUAUAAAUUAACAGAACUAUUGUCAUCUUUCAGUCAUCGCAGGAUUCUACUGUCGCCAGGAACUGGACCGGUCGAUACGAACAGGUCCUAUGCCAACACGCUGAUGUUCUUCUUGGCCAGCCCUCAAGUGUCUAAGUCAUGAGCUCCAUGUCAGGACCCUAUCUUACGCCGCAGCAGGUCCUUCGUCACUCUCGACUGUGUACAGUGGGGCUCACGAGUGUGGUAGAAUAUUCUCUCUGAAGUAAUCAGAGCCGAUUUCGACAACAUUUAUGCCCGAUCCGAAUUAUCUCGAAGGAUAUGAGCUGCGAGGUCUCUUCCCGCCUCGGAUCAACCUAGUUAUUUAAACCCCCUUAAACCUCGUACGACCUUGAUUGGGCCCAUUCUUUUCUGUAGUAUGAACUUCUCAACUCUCAACAGGACAUGGUUGGCAAAAGACACAUGUUGCGGGCAAAUAUGAUUCACGCGGUUUUCGACGAUAAACCACGUCUGGGUAAUACACUGGGACAUUUUCGAAGCAGCUUAGCAAAACGUUUUGUGGGGUGCAGUAUGAUAAGUGGAAGUCGUAAAUACUCAACAUGGACAGUAUGUAACCACGAGAUCUGACGGUCAAGUUUGGCUUGUGAGAUGGGUUCUGACUUCGUAGGUUAUGGCAAGUUUGCAUCAUAGCUUUCUAGGCUUCUCUAUUGCACUAAAUUUGGGUGCCUGCCGUACCAGUGAUGGUCUCCAGUUGUGACUCAGGAUACUGUCAUCCUCGA